CCUCGCUGCUGCCCAACACUCGCCAUGCGUCCUGGAGCACUGUGGCCGCUGCUUUGGGGAGCCCUGGUCUGGGCAGUGGGAUCCGUGAGCGCCGCGAUGGGCUCGGGAGAUUCUGUGCCCGGUGGUGUGUGCUGGCUCCAGCAGGGCAGAGAGGCCACCUGCAGUCUGGUGCUGAAGACACAUGUCAGCCGGGAGGAGUGUUGUGCUUCCGGCAACAUCAACGCAGCCUGGUCCAAUUUCACCCACCCAGGCAAUAAAAUCAGCCUGCUAGGAUUCCUGGGCCUCGUCCACUGCCUCCCGUGCAAAGAUUCUUGCGAUGGAGUGGAGUGCGGCCCUGGCAAGGCGUGCCGCAUGUUGGGGGGCCGUCCACACUGCGAGUGCGUGCCAAACUGCGAGGGGCUUCCCGCGGGCUUCCAGGUCUGUGGCUCUGAUGGCGCCACCUACGGGGACGAAUGCGAACUGCGCGCCGCGCGCUGUCGCGGACACCCAGACCUGCGCGUCAUGUACCGCGGCCGCUGCCAAAAGUCGUGCGCUCAGGUAGUGUGCCCGCGCCCCCAGUCGUGCCUUGUGGAUCAGACCGGCAGCGCACACUGCGUAGUGUGUCGCGCUGCGCCCUGCCCGGUACCUUCAAACCCCGGCCAAGAACUCUGUGGCAACAACAACGUUACCUACAUCUCGUCCUGUCACCUACGCCAGGCCACUUGCUUCCUGGGCCGCUCCAUUGGAGUUCGGCACCCGGGCAUCUGCACAGGUGGCCCCAAAGUACCAGCAGAGGAGGAAGAGAACUUCGUGUGAGCUGCAGCCACUGGGCCUGGUAUUUGAGGCCACCCCGAUUUUAUUUAUUGUUACAGAAAAGAUUCUAAUUUAUGUCACAUGAACAGUCCCCAAACCUGGCCUGGAACCACUUCGGGAUCCCCUAGGAUCCUGAGCACCUAUCUCAAGGACUGAAGGAAGAUUUUGUAAGAGUUGGUAUGUGCCAUCACCAGGUCCUGAGAUCACCUGCCGCCCAGGGAGGGCAGCUUCGUGGAGACCCACUGCUUUGAUCUUCCCACCUGCUUUCCAGGCUGGAGCUGUCUCAGGGCACAGCCGAUGGUAGUGUGUCCACCUCAAUUGGUGUUUGCAUAUGGCUGACCUCAGACCAGAGCAGGCAGCAUCAGGUCAGAGAAACACUGGGUUCAUUCCUGUUCAGUCCACUCAGGGUGGGACCUGGUAGAAGCAUUGGCUGACUCUCAGGCCUGGGACAGCCAGUGGACACUACAAUUCACUGUGCCCAGAGCACCCCAGAGUCACUCUAACACUUACCGCCCUGUUUGCUGGACACCCACAUAGCUUUCACCCAGUUCCCAACCAGCCCCACUUGUCACCAAGCCCAGCCGCAGGUAGUGACACCAGCCAGAUGCUGUUUGGGGCCGGAAGUGUUAUUUCUCAUCCUUCACCCAGCUAAGGCUGAGAAUUACCCACAGGUGCCUUCGAGGAAACCGAAAGGGGGCGCUGUAGCUCAGUAGGCAGAGGGCUUUUGUAGCAUUCCCAAAGCCCCGCCUCCAUCCCCAGCACCACGGAAAACAGAUAUGUUGGCUCUGGCCUGUCAUCCCCGCACUUGGGAAGCAGAGGGGAUCAGGCAUUGAAGUUGAUCCUUGGCCAGCCUGAGCCAGUGUCGGACCACAACCGAAGACCGCGGGAAGGUGCACAGCCCUCCAGUUUGGAAGCAAGGAGUUCCCAGGGUCUUUCUUGCUAUCCUCCAGUUCUCAGCUGUGCCUUUCUUGUAAUGUUCCCAAAAGUGUCCUUAGUAGGGAGCUGUGGUACCCUCUCCUACUCUGGAGCUCUGCCUCACCAAGGAAGUAAAAGGCAAUAAAACCCACCAUGUGUGACCAGCC